AUGUUGAAGAAUUUGAUCUGGAGACAGUCCCCGCGGGUGAGGUCGCUUGUGCCACGCUCCUUUACCGCUUUCUACGCUUCGAAAGUCCCAUUGACUAGCGAGUCGUAUCUUUCGCUCAAGAGGAACGAUUCCUUCAAGAGGCUGAGCUCUGAUGAUAUAGAGUACUUCCGCACGGUGCUCUCGAAGCAGGAACUGCUUGGUUCGAAAGAGGAGGGGGACUUGGACCCGUUCAAUGAGGACUGGAUGCAGAAGUACCGUGGGCAGGCGAGUCUCGUGUUGAAACCGAAAACUGUCGAGAAAGUGUCGCUCAUCUUGAACUACUGUAACGAGGAGAAACUCGCUGUUGUACCACAGGGUGGGAACACAGACCUCGUUGGUGGGUCUGUCCCAGUGUUCGACGAGAUCGUGCUCUCCCUGAGCAACCUCAACAAAGUGAGAAGUUUUGACCCAGUGUCAGGGAUCUUCAAGUGCGAUGCUGGGGUUAUCCUCGAAACCGCAAACGAUUAUCUCGUCCAACGGGACCACAUCUUCCCCCUGGAUUUGGGAGCCAAGGGGUCCUGUCAGAUAGGUGGCGUCGUUGCGACUAAUGCAGGCGGACAGCGGUUGCUCAGAUACGGGUCCCUCCACGGGAACGUCCUGGGACUCGAAGUGGUGCUCCCCGAUGGGACUAUCCUGGACAGCAUGCACUCUCUGCGGAAGGACAACACAGGAUACGAUUUGAAACAACUGUUUAUCGGUGCUGAGGGGACGAUCGGUGUCGUUACGGGUGUCUCGAUCCUCACACCACCGAAACCAAGAGCCGUGAACGUCAGUUUCCUAGCCGUGAAAAGCUACGAGGACGUACAAAAAGUGUUCGUGAAGGCAAAGGGGGAACUGGCAGAGAUCCUAUCCGCAUUCGAAUUCAUGGACGCAAAAUCGAUCGAACUGACAAGAGAUCAUUUGAAGAAGGACGAUAUUACUUUCCCAUUGGAGGACGAGUACCCGUUUUAUAUCCUACUGGAGACCUCCGGGUCCAACAAGGAACAUGAUGACGCCAAGUUGGAGAAGUUCUUGGAGACUGCAAUGGAAUCCGAAUUGGUCAUCGACGGUACAAUGGCACAGGACGAGACGGAAUUAAAAAACUUGUGGCAUUGGAGAGAGAUGAUCCCAGAAUCCGCUCAGUGUAAUGGAGGUGUCUACAAAUACGAUGUCUCCUUGCCCUUGAAAGACCUGUACUCUUUGGUCGAGGCGACAAACGCCAGACUAGAAAGCGAGGGCCUCAUCGGAGACGAGUCUAAACCUGUCAUCGCUGCAGUCGGGUAUGGUCACAUCGGCGAUGGUAACUUGCAUUUAAACCUCGCUUGCCGCGAGUACAAUAAAACGAUCGAAAAAUGCCUAGAACCGUUUAUCUACCAGUUUGUUCAAUCGAAGCACGGCUCAAUUAGUGCAGAACACGGCCUGGGGUUCCAAAAGAAGAAUUACAUCCAAUACACCAAGAACGAAGUCGAGAUCAAUAUGAUGAAGGACAUCAAAAAACACUACGAUCCAUACGGGAUCUUGAACCCUUACAAAUAUAUCUGA